CGAUAGGCUAAACGGCGACUACAGUCUUCUCUCACGCUUCUGGCGACUUUCAGGAACCAGCAAAGAACAAUCGGUGCUGUAGCGCAAUCGCAGUCUCUGCAACGCAACUUUUGUCGGCCGGCCUCGUAGCAAAUUGUGAACCUUCUAGACUACCAUAGCUUGUCUUGGCCACCCGGACAUUGAGAUGCCCCGUAAUUCAUGACAACGAAUUAGCCCGAAAACGAUGUUUUCAGAGUCCCGUGAUCGGCAUGGAAAGAAACAGUGCUGGGUAGUGCCAAUGGCAUGGAUGUGCAAGCGAGGUACAUGUACAAUUGCACAGUACCUCACAGCUUGCACAACGACAUGCCACUGUACCUUGCAGAGAGCGAACAGCGUAUGUUUGUUUUGGAAAAGGUCAACGCGGUUUUUUUUCUUUCGAGGAUGGACAUACAGCGCACGAUCCCUGGUUGCCGAGUUUCCGGACCUCGCGGCCAGAGACUAUGCGACCCUUCUUCCAUGUGAAUCGGCCGCUACCUCUCUCGAUGAUACAGGCUUCGCGGAGGAAGACGUGGGACUGUCGUGCGCGAGACUCUCCCUUUCAGUCAUUCGAGAGCUCCGUAGAGUCGAUCGGGACCUGUCCAUGCGACGAGGCUGUGUUAGCACGUGGUGUCAGCCGAACCAGCCUCAGACUCGGAGGCAGCUCUGAAUAAAGCGGGCACCUGUCAUACUGUACCUGCGACCCGAUGAGAGGUGGAAAGCAGCAGGACGGUAAUCUCGACCGCCCGAAAUCUGCUGUG